AUGUCAACGACGUGCACGGCACUGAAUUUCCGACAAGGGCCAUUGUUGAAUGACUCUGAACUUGAUGCCUGGCUUAUGCAACGAGGACCUUUCGAGCAUCCUGGGGCACCUGGAAACGGAGAGAAGCCGUCCGGAGGCUUUCGAUUACUCUUGUGCGAACGUCCAUGGCAAAGCCCUCCAGCUUUGCAGAUGAGCUACGCCUCUUUUGAGCGCGUCGAAGAGGUCUUUGACUUAUCACCCGCGACUCUGCCAUCAUUGUUCAAGUACGCUGGUGUUCAUUACAGGUCAUACAAGCGACAUGCACAUUCUAACAAGGUCGAAAGCCUAAAAAUGAUCGUAAAGGCCACACAAAAGGUUGAAAUUUCAGACGCCCUCUUGUCGCUCAGCCACACUUUUGAUACACAGUGGACAACGGCGAUCUUGUGUGGCCGAGGAUUUGUGGUCCGCCAGAACAUUGAUGAUAGUUAUGGCUUACGCCUCGACCAUAUCCUUGCUCUGACUGAGUCGUUCACUGAGUACUGGACGCAUCCCUUGUUCUUACCUGCUGCACUCCUGCAGAAUCUUUGUCAUCGAACCGGAAUCUCCACAGGAUUGCUUAACGAAAGGCUUAUUGACCUCGAGAAUGAUAUCGGAGUCACAUUUGCCGGAAAAGCAGGGCAUGGGCGCUCACUUGAAAAGUGGCCUGCCGAUAUAGAUAUCAAAUCUGCGACGAUAGGGCUACAUUCUACAAACCUCGCAAAAGAAAUCGAAGUAGUGUCUCCAGCAUUGAGUCGUACGUCGAUGGAACUCAGCGAGUACCUGGCGUACGAGCUGUGUUCCAUGUCAAACACAGCGCGCUUUGUGCGCGGCUACAAGGAGAGAGUACAGGCUCAGAUCAACGUGCUCUUCAGCGCUGUUAGCCAAAGGGACAACGCCAAUGCAUUAGAGUACAACCGCUUCGCGAAUAAACAGAACGAAAUUGGCCAAGCGCAAAACGAGUUAAGCAUCAAGAUCGCCUCUUCUACCAAGAAGGACAGCAUAGCUGUGAUGGCGUUCACUUUCAUCACCGCAAUAUUUCUGCCAGGAACGUCCAUUGCCACACUUUUCAGCACGGGCAUGUUCCACUGGCAGGAUGAUACUUCAAGGUUGGGCAGAAGCACAGUCUCGUCGCAAUUCUGGCUUUACUGGGUGAUCACCGUACCUCUGACAUUGGCGGUCAUGACUGGGUGGUUCUGUUGGUACAAAUAUGCAGACAGAAAGCGGAAAAAAGAGACGGGAAUCGAAUGA